CUUUCUGCUCUGUGGUCCUUGCCACUCCUCUGGGAAGGAUGUUCAGCUUGUAUAGUGCAGACACGCCAUAACCCACAUCUUUGAGUGCUGUUGGGGGCAGGUAAGGAGCAGCUUGGACAAUCUAUCAGGAGCUACUGGACAACAUGCAGAUUGGCUCACUGCUAGAGAGACGCUUCUAACAGACCGGCCAUGGAUAAAAUAUGCCCACUGCCAUUAAUCAGCACACACUGGGUCAUUUAUUUGAGAGGAAGGGGAACAAAUGGAUUACAGAGGAAUAUCCUGGCUGAAAACAUACUGGAAAAGUUCAAGGAAGAACUUGAGACACUCCACACCAAGGAGCAAAAGCAGCUCGCUCAAAUGUGCAAAAAGCAUGGAGAAAUCAUGAAUCUGAUGUGUCUAAGUGAUGAAGAACCAAUAUGUGGAACGUGCAAGCUCUUUGGGGACCACAGGUCUCACCAGGUGGCCAAGAUUUCUGAUGCCUAUGCAGAGAGGAAGGUGAGCUUUGCUGAGGAUAUUCAGCUGGUGCUGCAGAAAUCCAAGCGUGCAGCGCAGGCCAUGCAGGGCACAGAGAGACGCAUCAGGGAGCUCUCCAGCAGUGCGGCUGACACCAGGGCCAUGAUGGAUGCCAUCGAAGAGAGUCUGCUAAGCAGCAUCAGAGGCCGUGUGGCCACCUUAAAGCAGCACCUGGAGAGCGAGCUGUCCACCAAGCUGAAGCAGUUGCAGCUGGUGGCGCAGGAACUCCAAGCCCCCCGACAGCUCUACCAGCAGAUGAAGGCUCUAUUGCAGCACCACACCAGCUCUGUGCAGUUUCUCCAUGAGCACAAAAAGCUCAAGGAAGAGAUGGAGAGACUCAUGGGGGGCAGCAAGUCCCCCCAGGUUCCUGCCAAGGACAAUAUUUCCACCAGGAGUUAUUUUCAAAAGCUCAUUAAGGGAAUAGACAUUACUGCCUUUAUGCCUCCUGAGACUGACCAAAUGUUGGUCCCCACGGCCAGGCUCCGAGAGGCCUGGCAGGCGAGCUGGACACAAGGUCCACUGUCCCAAGAAGCAGUUGAGAUUUUGUGCAAGGCAGUGUCAGGCUGGGUGCCAAAAUCAAAUGAAGAGGCAAAACUUCCAGGGAACCCAUUUUAUUCCCCCUCUAGCAGAUCCGGGGCACAAGGAAAAGAGGCUGACUCUAGGGAAUCUACUGUAUAAUGCAGUAUUUUUGGCCUUUUGAAAUGUCAACAACUUUUACCAUUUUAGCUGCAACCUGAAAGUUGCUAGACUUCACUUCUUAAGAAAAAAAAAAGAUUCU